UCCUGCCGCCCUGGCCCCAACGACCGCUAAGUCCCCAGGCAGUUCGGCUCCACCACCAGCAGCCGGUUUAGGAUGGAGGUUCUGGAUGAGUUUGACAGUGAAUUUCCCCAGAGUGUGACCUUUUGCCAGCUCAUUUCGGAGGAGGACUUUGAGAGACAGGCAGCGACCUACACAGAACGCUCUCUGCGCCGCCUCUUCCGCACUCUUGACCGCAAUCCAGCCCUGGCAGAGAGGGUCGUGCGCAAGGGCAAGCAAACCGAAUGCGAGCAGCGUGGGCUCCUUUCCUUUAUCUGGGCGAAGUUCAUGUGUGCUGUCCAGGGAGAACUGAACCAGUGUAACAGCAUGGGCACCCUAGAGAUGCACCAGCGCCUGGAGCAGUUGAAAAGGAGCAUCCAUCGAGUGCACCUGUACUCCCAGGAUGCCAAGAAGAGGAAAAGGAAGCCCAAACUGAAGAAACCAGAACCCAUCCUCUUACGGGACCGGUCAACCUCCCCAUGCCUGCCACCAACCCCGCUGCCACCACCUGCUGCCACCAUGGCCUCUGUACUGGCCCCAUCACCCCCUGUAUAUACUAUGCCCAGGGUCUUUGGCCCUUUCUCUCCGCUGCCCAGCAAGUCAAUGGAGAAAUUGAACAUUUCAAGGUCUGAAGUGAAAUUAAACUGGAAUGGCUUGUCCUCAAACCCAAAGAGCCACAUGGUUGAUCUGACCCCCUUGGUUCUCAAUCCCGGAGGCUUCCAUUUCUCAUACUUGGCUGGAAACAGUGCGCAUAAGCUUCACUGCCCUGGCUUCCCCUGGACCUCAGCCUGUAGUGGCUCUCUCAACAGUGAUGAGACUCCAUCCCCUGCUGUGAAGGCUUCCAUCUUCACCCCGCCUGUCCUACUCAAGUUCCAGCCUGUUCCCAGACCCAAAGACGACUCAGAGAAUGACCCUGGCAGUGCAGAGUCCGUGCCCCACAAGAGGAGUCCGUAACUUCUUUCCUACAAACCAUGACUUGUGGAAUGAAUAAAGUUCCCAUGGAGAUGCCUUCCUUGUGGUGGGCUCCCUAGGAGUUGUGCAAUCC